AGCUCCAUAAGGUCUCCAUGGUACAGAAUCUGGUGAAAUAUUAGAGUUGUAUCCUGUUUCAGGUGUCCAGUCAAUAAUUGGAAAUGGGAGAAGAAAUGUCUGAAAACAAUUGUCAAGAAAAUUUUGAUAAAGAACAUGAAAUAGAUAUAAAUUGGGAGAAAAAAUACAUAAUCAUGGAAAAAUCGAGAGAUGAAAUGGAAUCAAUGUGGGAGAUACCACAAAUCUUUCAUUUUCUACAAUUAACCAAGAAAGCCUUGAAUAUUUCUCAUCUAUCAAUGUAUGAGGUAGAAAGAAUGCUUUUAAUGCCAAAAGCUUCUAAACAAUUAGCCAAUAUUAUGACCUGUCUUUUGAGCUCAUCUAGUUUGAAAUCAAAACUCCAUAAAUUACCACCAAUGCCCUAUGAAUUUUGGACGAGCGUUUUAAUGCACAAAGUUCGAAGUUGGUUUAAAAUUUAUCAAAAUAAGCACAAAAAUAUUAUAAAGGUCUUUGAAACAAUUGGUGUGGAGUCUCAAUUUUGGAAUCUUUUUCCGGAUAUUGCUUGCCUAGAAGGAAAGGAUUUUGAAACGCUUACAUUUAAACAAAAAGUUUGGCUUCUAAAAACUCUGUGUGACACAAUUUUACAUAGUAGAAAAACAAUUCAAGAAGAAGUGCUAAAACAUUCGUGGGAAAAUAGAAUCGAAACAAUUUUGGGUAUUGACAGACACGGUGCAAGAUAUAUUUAUUUUCCACAUUUUCUAGAAAAUGAUCUUAGGGUAUAUCGACAUUGUUUAGAUAAUGGAAUACUUUCUACUGUAAAGCCACCAAUUAUUAAAGAAGAGCCAAAUUGGGAUGUUAAAGAUGUGGAUACAGUAAAAUUUUCCACAUUAAAAACUGGUCGUAGUAAAAGAAGAAAAUCACGUUGGAGAAAUGGCUCUUUACCUUAUAAAGGAAAAAGAAAAAAAGACAGAGAGAAAAAACGAAAAAUUGAAAAAUUAAGUAACUUAUCGAAUAAUUCAGUUAUUAUCAAGAAUUUAUUAAAAAAUGAAAGUGAUCUAAACAGUCCCGAGAAGAAUAAUCAAUUAACAAUUGCUUCAUUGGAAAAAAUUCCAAAUGCCUUUAAAGGAUUUCAAAAUAACAGUGAAGAGGAAUUAAAUAAUAUGACUGUAAUUUAUAACAUUCUAGAUGAAUUAAUAUCGAAAAUUGAAGAAAAUACGAUAGAUUCAAAAGAAAAUAAUACUCUUGAUGCAAGUAUAGAUAAUGAGGAUAUAAAAAAUUAUUUAGAAAGUAAUUUAACAGAAAAUACUUUCGAUGAAACGAAUAACAGAAUUAAUGAAGAGACAUCUAAAUUUGAUAAAGAAGAAAAAAUAGAGAAAAUUCCAGAUAAAGAUUUGAAGAAAAAAGAGGAUGAUGAUGAAGAAAACGAGCAUAAUAAUAGUAGUAGUAGUAGUAGCAAUAAAUUAGCAUUAAAGGAAAAGAAACAAAAAGACUCGAAGGACGAUGAAGAACCAACUAAUGACGAAAGUGAUAAUGAAAUUUCUUUAAUUGAAAUGAGAGACACUUUAUUGAAUGAGGCAUCUUUUGAUGAAUUCUCCCACGUCAUACAAAACACAAUCAAGGAAUAUAAUUUACAAAAUAUCAAAUUCACUGAAAAUGAAUCAUGGAAUGUUGCCGCGAACAAUUUCAAUGAAUUUAUUACCGAUUUAAGCGCAUCAAAUUUUAAGCUUAUCGCCGACAGUGUAGAAACUUUGCGCAAUCUCAUCAAAAAUUUCUCAAGUAAAGAUAAUUUAAUGGAAAUUAACAAAGAUGAUGGAUUUAUACCGGUGUGUGAAAUAAAUUUAUUAAGCAAAUUGACGGAAUUACUUAAGUCUGUAGAAAAUUUUGAAACAGCAUUAAAAGAUUGCACAAUGAAAGCAAAAUCAAAAUUAAAAAACGAAUGGACUAAUCUUAAAAAUGGAAUUGUAGACGAUAAAGAGUCAUCCAGUGAAGAUGGCCAAUCGUCCAAUUGGUGGGUGAUUGGAUCUCAAAAUUGUAUGUUAUCUCCUUGUGGUUCGUUAACUGAGCAUUCUGAUUGUGAAUUUGGCAAACGAUCUGACAAUCAGAAAUGUAAAUUCAACGAUGAUGAGGAAGAUAAAGAGAAAGAACAUGAGGACACCGAUGAUGAUGAUAAUGAAUCCGAAGAAACAAAAAGACAGUCAAAAAGAGUUUUACGAGCUCGUGGCAUUCCCUCGUACACGGAGCAAUUUCUUUCCGACAACAGUGAAACAGAAGAAUUGGAAAGAUGGACCGAAUUUGAAGCAACUUACACAUCACCGAAUGCACAAAUAAAUUCAUCGACACUUCUUCCUCAUUCACAACUCGAUAAACCUGAUAAACGAACCGAUCCGGAGGAUUCAGAUCAGGAAUGGAUUUUACCAAGUUCAAGAAAAAAAAGAAGGAAACAACAAUCCGCAAGUCGAAGAUUGAAAUCAUUUCAAAAUAAAUUGCAAAAUAUUAAAUCGAGUUCAAUUUCACCGACACGUAACGAAACAAUUGAUGAAAAAACAAAUAUUCCAUUAUUGAAUGAAACAAAUGAUAAGGGGGAAAAAAUUAAAGAAUCUUCCGAAUCAUCAGAAGCAUCAUCGAAUGUUACAAAAACACCAGUGAAAGAAAGUCUGAUAAAAGUUGUGCCUUCAGCAAAAAUGACUUGUAAAAUUGAGUGUGCAGACAGUGUUCAUUCUGAAUUAGACAUUAAAGACGAAGGUCCAAUUAUUGACAAUCCUCCAAAUUACAAUACUAAUGUCCAACAACCACAAGGCUAUGUGAUUGUAAAAACUGAACCACCAUCAACGGCAAAUUAUUACGUAAUGCCAAAUCCUCCAAUGCCCGUUCAACAACCUUAUGUGCAACAAACCCCUUUUGUUCCAAACGCACCUCCACAAAUGCCCGUUCAUCCAACACAUCCUAAUUAUUAUGUUCAAAAUCCACCGAAUUAUGUUGUUCACAAUCAUCCAUAUCGACAUCCAAUGGGUAUUCAACAGCCUCAUCAACCUCAACAACUGCAACAGCAUCUUCAACAUCAUCCUCAUCAAAUGAUUGUUCAACAACCACCGCAAAUUAUCGGCGGACAUCAAGUCAUUACACAUCCAAAUUACGUUCAAUACAGUUACGUCAAUAAUCAACAGCAGCAGCAGCAACAGCAACAACAACAACAACAACAACAAAAUAUAAUCACUUCAAAUCUUCCUCGUGCACGAUUACCAAAUUUAAACAGUCAACGUCCAAUGAUGAGUCGCGGACAAAUGAUGAAUCAUUCAGUUCGUAUGGGUCUACAAAAUCGUAUGAAUAUACCAAGGCAAAAUUUUGCCCAUCCAAAUGGAGCUGUAAUUCGUAGUAUGCCACUUGCCAAUAAUGGAAUCAGAAAUCCCGGUCCAAGAUUAAGACAUCCAGGACCACGAGGACAAAAUCCACGUGGUGGUGGUGCCGCCGCCGGUGCACAACGUUUACAACGAUUACAAAAACCAAUAAAUACAAAUACGACGAAAAAUAGUAAAACAACAUCAUUAAUUGUUCUCAGUGAUAGUGAUGAUGAUAUUGAAAUGAUUAUCACUGAAAAGAAACGUGAUUCAACGCCAAGUGUUAGUUCGCCAAGAAAAACGACAAAUUUACAACAAAGCCCACGACGAAAGCCAAUUGUCACAUCCGAAGUUACUGUUGCAAAAUCAAAAAGUACAUUACCACCACAAAUAAUGCAACGUAUGAGUCAAGGUGGUAUUUCAAUAACUCCAGUUAAAUCAAAUCCACCACCGGCAAAUAAUAAUCCCAAUACACAAUUAGUUGUUGUUGUCAAUGAAACUGGAAGUCAUUAUGCACUUGCAUUGCCAAAUGGAAGUAAAUUAAUUCUCACACCUGAACAAGUCGCCCAAAUUAGAGCUUCGAAUGGUGGAAAAUUGAUAUUGUAAAAUAAUGUAAAAUUCGAUGGAACAGGUGUGCAAUUUUUAUAUUUAUUUUUUCAUAAUAGUGUCGCGAUUAAUUCAGUUGGUGAUAUUUAUAUUACUAAAAAAUAGUUACGAUAGUUACAGAGUAUUAUAUAAUGUAAACAAAAAUUGAUUAUAUAUAAUCAAUACGGAUAAAUAUGCUUAAGAUUUUUUUUUGUAUAUACAAACACAUAAUCGAGAAACCGGGUUUUUGAAAUUGAACCCAAAAAUAAUAUUUUAAUUUUUCUUCUACAAUCAGAAAAUAUUCGGCAAAGCUGAAUUUUAAAAAAUCGAUUUUUUUUUCUUAAUCUGUUUAUUUUUUUUUUUCGUUCGAUUAUUUAUGUUUAUGAAAAAAAACUGCGUUUUGCUUUUUUAAUUAUUUCGAUUUUUGCGAAAAAUGUUAGAUUUUUGUUUUAUGGCAAUUUGAUAAUUGUGAAACUCAUUCUCGUUACUUCUUUAUUCAUUUUAUGUCCAAAAAAAUAUAUAUAUUUUUUUUAUUCCUCUGGAAAACUGAUAAAUUAUUUUAACUCUUGUUUUUACAAUUAAAUUUAAAAAAAUUUAUCGACAAUUUGUUUGUUUUUAUUAUUAAAGAAAUCGUUUUCCAAAAUCACAGGUACAAAGUACAAAUGUUUAAAAUCUUAAUUUUAAUAAACAAAAUUCGAAUUUUUUUUUCAAUUUUACUUUAUUUUUUAAUAUUUUACAUAUUUUGUUUCAUUAUUUUUUUCUUUUUUUUUUUAUAAAAAAAAAGCGUUUUCAUUUAUUAAUUAGUUUUAAAACUAUCGAUCUAUGGGAUGCAAAGAUGAUAAAAAACAUCCUUUAUUAUUAAAACUGGGAACUUUGAUCAUUGUAAAAUUGUUUUUUUUUUCUUUUACUAUAUGGUCGUAGCCUAAAGUGAUGUGUAUUUUAAAUUAUAUAAAAAUUGUUUUUUUUUCUUUUUUUUUUUUU